CGCUUCCUUCUCCUCCCCUUCCCCGAGCGUCUGCUGUUGCCGGGUAACGUGCCCCAGCGGGCGACAGAGGCUGCGGCCGGGGGCAGAGUAUUCAGACAUACAGUAUUGCCAUUUUACUGCUAUUCGUUAAUGUCUGGAUGGUUGCAAAGAUGGUGACUGCAGAUGACAGCCAGUGGGAUGAAACCAUCUGUGACAUGGCUGUUUGCCAACACCCACAGUGCUGGGACACUAUAAGGAGGAUUGAACAGGGACAUCCUCGGGUCCGUUUAAGAAACUUUGACUCACUCUGCAGGGCUUCUUCUUCAGAAAGCAAAGAUGAAUUACCAACACUGAAGAUUAUAAACUUCCCCAGCAAUUGCUCUCCCCGAGGAAGGAUCAGAUGUUCCAAUUGUAACAGAACUAUUUCCACCUUCACUGCACUUGAGACCUCUUUCUCUCCUUCUUCUCUGUAUGAAACUUCAGUCUAUGACUUCUCUGACCGAAAUUCUGAAGUCAGUUCAGAAAGAACUCAUUUCCCAGGACUGAACUCUGUGGUAGAGUCACACACGAUCCCACAGACAGAGAUGAGCUUCACCUACUUGAAUAGAGUUGGAAAUCUCCAUGUGGUGGAUCUCAGUGAGGUUGCUGCUUCCAAGCAGGACUACUGUCCAGACAGUGGAAAUUUGAUUGUUAAAUGGGUCCCAAAUAUACACAGAAAAUCUCAGCGGCCUGAGGUGGAAGCAGUAACAGAACUGAAGCCUUUAAGAAGAGUAUGUGUUAAAAACCUUGCCUCUGAAAAUCUCUUUUCCCUCAAAGAACGGCAAAGGAAAGGAAGAGAUCUUGACAUUGUGAGCUUCUUGAAGGUUUGCUGGUGGACUAGCCAUGUGCCCAGCCAAGUGCUGUACUGCAGGGAUGGCAAACAGACCACUGUAAAAUGAGCAAAUGCUUGUGCCUUCUGUGAGUGAGGAGGGCUAAGGACUUUGCUUUCGGGUAUAGCAUACAA